CAGGGAGCUGAUGAUGAGUCAAGAGUUGGCGAGGCUGUGACAAAAGCUGUUGUCUGUGCCCUGAAGAGCAUGCCAAGCAGUGACAACACCGACAACUGGCUCAACCCCACCGAGGAAGGAAUGGCGUCCCAUCAUGAGAACAUGCAGUAUGUGACCCUGGCAGUGAGAGCCUGUGCCCAAAAACAAAAGGAUCAGGUCCAAAGACAGACACGUCCACUCAAACGAGACUCCUGCGGACAAUUCCAGAAGAGCAGGGACUUCGUCAAGGAUGCUGUACCCUUCAAUGUUCCCUUUGGACCACAUCUCAUUCCUGUGCACUGUCAGCAAAAAGACUCAUCAGACUCAGAGUUUAUGAGACCAAAAGAUCUGGAGGCCAAAUCCUCCGCAACCUGUGAACUCCAGUAUCACCAAGACUGUACUGUGGUCAGACCCCAACAGCCAGAACAUGAAUGUGGGUCUGGCGCAGCUCUGUGCAGAACAUAUGAUUCUGGGAAGGAAGCUCAUCGCAUAAUCCACAUGAGAUGA